CGGCGGUAGAAUCAUGGCGGCCGACGCGGUGGCUUCUCGCUUGGCGCGGCAGGAGCAGGACAUCCGCUGGCUGACUGCGGAGAUCGGACGUCUGAAGGAGCAGCAGCCGCCGCAUCCCGGGCGGGAGCCGGGGCCGGAGCCGGAGCCGGAGCCGGAGCCGGGGGCCUGGCCGCGCUGGGCGGGCAGUCCCAGCCCGGAGCUCGAGCGUCUGCGGGACGAGAACGAGAAGCUGCGCUACCGGCUCCAGCACCUGCGGCGCAGCCUUGAGGCCGAGCUGAGCCGGCGGCCUGAGCAGCCCCGCGAGGCCGCGGGAGCCCAGCUUCCUUCCACCACAAACCAAAAGGAUGUUCAAAAUAAAAAUAAAAAGGAGAAGAAAAAAGAAAAUGAGAUUGUAAAUGGCCUGAAGAAUGAGUUAUGUAGUGGGCCAAACUUCAUAGAAGAUAGACUGAUGCUUUAUGAAACAUUGAAGAGAGAGCAUGACACCUUGCUUGCCCAUAGAGCAGCAAACGAGAGCAAAUUGAUCAAAAUAAUGCUGAUUGAUGGAAAAAUAGUUGAAGGGGAGUCUUGGAAAACAACACCAUAUCAAGUGGCUGCUGGAAUUAGCCAAGGACUGGCUGAUAACACAGUAAUAGCCAAAGUAAAUGGUGAAUUGUGGGAUUUGGAUCGUCCAUUGGAAGAAGAUUCCACAUUAGAGUUACUUAGUUUUGAUAAUGAGGAAGCUCAGGCUGUGUACUGGCAUUCUAGUGCUCAUAUUCUUGGAGAAGCUAUGGAAAGUUACUAUGGAGGCUGCUUGUGUUACGGCCCACCUAUUGAAAAUGGAUUUUAUUAUGACAUGUUCAUUGAAGACAGAGGAGUAUCCAGUACAGAAUUUCCAGUGUUAGAGAACAUGUGUAAAACUAUCAUGAAAGAGAAGCAACCUUUUGAAAGAUUAGAAAUCGGCAAAGAAAUACUUCUGGAUAUGUUUAAGUAUAAUAAAUUUAAAUGCCGAAUCCUGAAUGAGAAGGUUGACACCCCAACUACUACAGUAUACAGGUGUGGUCCACUGAUUGAUCUUUGCAGAGGUCCACAUGUAAGACAUACUGGAAAAAUUAAAGCCAUAAAAAUAUUUAAGAAUUCCUCAACCUAUUGGGAAGGAAGGGCUGAUAUGGAGACUUUGCAGAGGAUCUAUGGAAUAUCCUUUCCUGAUAAUAAGAUGAUGAAAACAUGGGAAAAGUUCCAAGAGGAAGCAAAAAACAAAGAUCAUAGGAAAAUUGGAAAGGAACAAGAACUUUUCUUUUUUCAUGAUCUGAGCCCAGGAAGCUGUUUUUUCCUUCCAAGAGGAGCUUUUAUCUAUAAUACACUUGUGGAUUUUAUAAAAGAGGAAUAUCAUCGGCGUAAUUUUACAGAAGUGGUGUCUCCUAAUGUCUACAAUUGUAAACUCUGGGAAACAUCAGGCCACUGGCAGCAUUAUAGUGAAAACAUGUUUUCUUUUGAUAUUGAGAAGGAGACAUUUGCACUUAAACCCAUGAACUGUCCAGGGCACUGUCUGAUCUUUGCUCAUCGUCCACAUUCGUGGAGGGAAAUGCCCAUCAGACUAGCUGAUUUUGGAGUUCUUCAUCGGAACGAGCUGUCCGGAACUUUAAGUGGUUUAACACGUGUCAGACGAUUCCAGCAGGAUGAUGCACACAUCUUCUGCAUGAUGGAGCAAAUUGAAGAAGAAAUGAAAGGAUGCUUAGAGUUUUUACAAGCAGUUUAUACAGUGUUUGGGUUUUCCUUUCAAUUAAAUUUUUCUACACGGCCUGAAAACUUCCUAGGAGAAAUUGAAAUGUGGGACCAAGCUGAAAAGCAACUUCAAAACAGCUUAGAGGAAUUUGGAGAGCCAUGGAAAUUAAACCCAGGAGAUGGAGCAUUUUAUGGGCCUAAAAUUGAUAUAAAAAUCAAAGAUGCCAUUGGCAGGUACCACCAAUGUGGCACUAUUCAGCUUGAUUUCCAACUACCCAUCAGAUUUAACCUUACAUAUGUUAGUAAGGAUGGUGAUGAUAAGACAAGGCCAGUGAUCAUUCAUCGAGCUAUUCUGGGAUCUGUAGAGAGAAUGAUAGCCAUUCUUUCAGAAAACUAUGGAGGAAAAUGGCCUUUCUGGCUGUCUCCUCGUCAAGUAAUGGUAAUCCCUGUAGGGCCAACUUGUGAAGAAUAUGCACAACAGAUAUCUGAGGAAUUUUUUGAAGCUGGAUUCAUGGCUGAUGUUGAUCUAGAUCAAAGCUGCACACUAAAUAAGAAAAUACGAAAUGCACAACUGGCCCAGUAUAAUUUUAUUCUAGUGGUUGGAGAAAAAGAAAAAAUAAAUAAUGCUGUAAAUGUUCGAACAAGAGACAACAAAAUUCAUGGAGAGACUUCAGUAGCUUCCACCAUCAAUAAACUGAAGAAACUAAAGGAGUCACGUACAUUAAAUGCAGAGGAAGAAUUUUGAAGUUCCUGUCUUCUACUGGCCAACCUUCAGGCAUUUUCUGAGAUUUGAAGAUGUAAUUCCUUUCCUUAGCUUCCUGAAAUUUUACUGAUUGCUAGAGCUUUGAACUCACCACCACCAAGACGACACAGGCAGAAGGGAAAAUGUGCAUGAUUCAAUUUCAGUACCUAGUAUUCUGAAACAAAUAUGUUAUGCAGGUGUUUUGGUUAGCAAUAAAAGAAGACAAUUUAUGGGAACUUUCAAGGAAAAACAACGCCUUGGUGUGUGUUUGUUAGGUGAAGGAAUUUGUUUUAUUGAAAAGGGAAAAUAAUGGCAAAUGUACAUUUAGUGAUGUUACUAAGGGUUAUUUAAGCUUUUCAAAAGACAAAUGAACUUGCGAUAAAAGCCUGUGAAGCUUUUGGGUAUACAAAGACAAUCUUAUUUUAUUUUGCAAUGACAACAUUAUGUCUUAGAUAUUUUAUGGUUGUUGAGCUAUGGGAAAACCUUUUUCUUCAGAAUUCAGCAAAUAAUUCAUGCAGCAAAUAUUUAGGACCUUUUCUUGUAGACACUCUACAUACAAGUUCAAAAAAAAAGGAAUCUGAAUGAGUCUUGAAUUCCCCAUUACUUACUUUGGAUAACAGAGAUCUUCAGAAUAGAGUGUAGAGGAAGAUAUAUUGCUACUAUCCAUAUUGCACACAUUAGAGACCUGAAAUUCUUAUGCUGUUGGGUAUUUUCUACAACUUAGUUAAACUCUCUUUAAAAAAAAAUGAAAUAACAUAGCAUUGCAUUUUAAAGUACUUUACUAAGCGCCCUAGUAAAUGCUCCAAAACACUUUCUCAGUCAAAUUAUAUCAUUGUUUAAAUUACAGUCUGCUUAUAAUUUUCUUUUUCAGUAAAUCUAUAGAAAAAUAAGCCAAUUCCAGGAUUUAUUGAAGAGGACAAAUUCAUUUUCCAUAAGCAGGGGUAGCUCUAGGAAAAAUAAAAAAUUUGCCAGUCAAUAUGUCUACAAUCCUAGAUGUGGGAUACAAAAGAAGUAGAAUACGUGUUCUCACCCACAAGGAGUUUGCAGUUUUAUUGGGAAGACAAACUAUAACACUGAUGAAAGUUUUAACAAGGAGCUAGUUGUGUGGAAUAGAAAAUAAGGUCAAAGUGAGUUAGAGAAAGUAGGCUAGAGUUCUCUUGGGAUACUUUUCGGUAGUGUUGGAGCUUGGGCCGGAUAUUGAGAACUAAGUUGCAUUUUGGAUUAAUAGGAGUGCAGAGAAUCCUAGGAUGAAGGACUGACAGAGUCUGUGAGGAGAAAGAAUAAUGAGCUUCCUAAAUGUAGCAGAGAAGAUUCAUGUUUAGGAGUAAGAGAUCUAUCUGGAUAGGUAGGGUGGGACUAGGAUUAAGAGGGCCCGUGGAAAUCGAGGCAGAGCUCGUAUCUUCAGAAGACGGUACUUUAACCCCAAAGUAUGAUCUUAUUGGUGGGAAUUUCAGGUACUGUGAUAGACCUGACGGAUGUUGGGGUAGUUGUUAUAUAUGUGUACUAAGAGGUACUAUGGUACAAUCUUUGAAUUCCUUGAUGUUUAAUGCUUUUUGAAUUAACUAUAGAUGAAGUCUAUAUGCUUUUAAGAAAAGAUUUAGAACAAUUUAUAAUUGAAAAUGUUGUUAUUUUGAAAAUCUGCUCUUUUCUUGUCUGUUAUUAUCCUCCCAGUCACUUAGUUUAUAUAAUAGCAGUAUCAGGAUUAUAGCUUUAGAGCUGGAAGGGAAUUAGUCCUCCUAAUUUUUAUAGAUGAGAAAACUAAGGCCCAGAGGCUAAUUGACUUGGCAGUCAACAGAAGAGCCAGGACUCAAAUAAAAAUCCAGUGCCCUUGAGACUACACUGUAGGGUGGGGGAGACUUUUGACCCUGUUUCAAGUUACUCCACAAAUGAGUUGCUUGCUUUAGAGAUGCAUAAGGCCAGUUCUUCCUGGGCCCAUCCUAAUCAAUAGAGUCAAUCCAAUGCAAAAUUAUGAAGUCAAUAAAUUUGUAUUUGUUACCCUACCCCACCCCCUUUUUUUCUGUUCUCUCUUCUGCAGUGGUACUUCCUUUCUUUAUCAACUCAGGGACUUGUAGGUCCUUCUUGUUCUCUCUUCAAAUAAAAUUUAAAAACAUAUAUUUUCCCCAUGCUCUUGAAUUCUGCUCUCAGGGAAUGCUUUGUCAAAUCACAUCACACUAUGAUUUUAGAGUCAAUAUGUUACCUGUCCUGGGGUGUGUCAGGUAUGCAUUCAUGUUUGGGCAUGUAUCUUGUGUUUAUCCUUCAUUCUCAAAGAGGACCAUGACAUCAGGGAGAUGAUGACAUGACUUGCAGUUGACUUUGAUGUGAGUGAGGGUGGGCUUUAAUUGUAAAAUGAAAGGCUGUCCAGCAGGAUUAAAAUACUUGGUUUGAACCCACACCCUUACUACCCAAGUGUUGCCAGGAAAGACACGAGUUUGUUAUGAGUUCAUUCAUUUAGAGGUAGAAGAGGACCAAAGAGAUCUAGUCCAAUCCCCUCAUUUCAAAGGUAGGAUUCAAACCUAGUCAGUUUUAUCACUGAAAUUAAUCUGUAACCCUAUGAUACUGUUACAAAUCAUUGGAUCACAGAGCUAGUACUGAAAAGGACUUCAGAAGGCAAUUAGUUCAACUCCUCCUCAUUUUAUUUGAGGAAAAUGAUGUUAAAUGACUCCCUUAGCACAUGGUUAAGCCCCAAAGAUAGAAUUUGAACCCAUGUCCUCUGACUCCUGAAUACUCUUUCCACUGUACCUUGCCAAUCUCACAGGUUUUAGUGCCUUCCCACCUCAAAUGUCUUUGCACUAUACUUGUUUAUAUGUUGUAGCCUCUUAAUAGAAUGUAAGCUCUUGAGGGCAGUAUGUAGCUUAUUUUUGUCUUUGUAUCCCCAGCACCUAUCAGUGCCUUGUAUGCAGUAGGGUUUUAAUAAAUGUUUACCGAAUUGAAUUAAACGGAA